AUGUUGAAGGUAUUACUAUGGAUGUGCCUAAGCGUAGUGGCAACUUCGGCACGGACGGAAACCCGUGUGUUUGACUUGCCGUCCAUGACCAUGAUGUUGACUGCGAAAAAAGCAAACAACAACGAGAAAGUAGAAUUUCAAAAAAGAGUCACAAGCACAGUUCAAGAUCAUUUGAUUGAUUUCUACCAAGAGAAGCUGUACAGCCACAACUAUGCCAGCAAUGUGACCAUCAACCGAGUGAAUUUGAAUGCCUUCUAUGAUUGGAGGCAAACGGAUCCUCCGACAGAAGAAAACGAAUACAUGCGGACAUAUGGCAUUCUGGGAAGUUACAAUUGUCAGCUCAAGCUCACUCUAGAAUUCGAAAUGUUUGCUGGACCUCACUUGACUCAGUCUCAAAUGGAAAUUUUCUUCAUUGAGGCAUUUCAACAAGGCAAUUACUGGACUCUGGCGAAAAAGUUCCUCAGCGAUGAUGUUCUAGAUGGAGUGAAUGAUGUCAAGAUCACCAUGCUUGCCGAUGGCUACGUGGAAGCUGGAAGAAAGAAACAAGAGUCAGUUAUUGAGAUUGACGAAAAGACUGAAUCCAAAUGGAAAGACGCCAUCAAGACAGGCAUCAGCUUUGCCAUCUUCUUCAUUGUUGCAUUGCUUGUCCUUUGGGGCUACGUCUUCUGGUCUUUGAAGCAAUCGGAUGACGAGCACAUCAAAGAUGACGAUUCUGCCGCCUGCGUGACCGAGGAAGACACGGCUGAUGCCGAUUACAUGUGGAGUGAAACGUCACAAAGCCCGAGAGGACUCCUUGAUGAUGACGAUGACGAUGGUUCUUGGAUGGACAACUGGGCCAAGGCGAUGACGAGUGUUCCGCUUCGAGAAGCUGGCCGCAAGCGAUCGCCAAGGGGCCGUCGUGUCCAGAAGCAAAUGUCGGAUCACAUUCCAAGUUUGGACUGUAUUCAAGAAGGAUUUGACGAGGAUGCCAGUGUAUCAUCAUUCAAGUCGCGUUCGUCCAUUACGAGCGACACUUCGUACAAGUCUCGAUCCACGCUGGUGCGUGGUACCUCGGACGGCAGUAUCGAGGUUGCAAGUCUCAUGUCAUAUGACAACAUGACGAUGAGCCGAAUCGGGAGACUUGGAGGCAUUCAAGAAGAGGACCCAGAACCCUCGCGAAGAUCGAUGGAUCCGGAUGGAUAUUCUCCCAAUAGGGCUGAAGUUUAG